AAUUCCUCCAAGCGUCCGGGUCAGUUGUCCUCCUAUAUUUGUUGUGGCCAUCGUCGAGUUCUCGCUUCUCGCGUCGUCCUCCUCCGCGCCUCCGUCACACCGCUUGCCUUGGCCCCGCUUCGCUUCCUCUGUUUCCUUCAGUCCUUGUAGGUGACACUUUCGCAGUUCACAUUUUGGAGUUUUGAAACUGAAAUGGCUGAGGAGGGUCACAGGGUUUCUUUGAAUGUUUAUGACCUGAGCCAAGGUCUAGCUCGACAGCUAUCCACAUCAUUCUUGGGGAAGGCGAUUGAGGGCAUAUGGCACACUGGAGUGGUAGUGUAUGGUAAUGAGUACUAUUUUGGAGGAGGUAUACAACAUGCUCCUGUUGGGACAACACCAUAUGGUACUCCCAUUCGCGUUGUAGAUUUGGGUGUCACACAUGUGCCAAAAGAUGUUUUCGAGAUGUAUUUACAGGAGAUCAGUCCUCGAUACACAGCUGAAACAUACAGUCUGCUCACUCACAACUGUAACAACUUCAGCAAUGAGGUAGCCCAAUUUUUAGUGGGUUCAUCCAUUCCAGACUAUAUUUUGCAGCUUCCUAAUGAGGUCAUGAGUAGCCCAAUGGGUGCUUUGAUAUUGCCUAUGAUACAGAACCUAGAGACGACUUUGAAAGCGGGAGCUGUUCCUCAAGUUCCACAAUUUAGGCCUCCAUCCUCGACCCCUGUUAGUAGCAGGUCCUUUGGCAGUACUCCUAGUGCACCCGUCAAGAAAACCAAAGCCACAGAUGCAGAUAAGAAACAGCAAUCUGAGGAGUGUGUCAAGGAGUCUAAUGAUGAAAAAGCCCCAGCUGCAAGUGAUUCUGCCGCGGCAAAAGUUGACCCUGUACUAGGAGAUCCUCUUGGGGAUGCACGGAGCAAGGUGCAGGAGGAGAUCGCCGCAGAAUUUGUGGCGAUCAUGGCGAGCGGAACGUUGCGCGCGAGUGAAGCUGCGGCACUUGCUACCAAGAGGGUGAUGCAAAGAUACGGACACAUGAAUGUCGCGAUGUCGAGCUAAAAGAAAUUUGAAAAACAAGGCGCAUCAUUAUUACUUGGAAAAAGUGUGCUUAACUUCAUCAGCUGAUGCAGUCGACACAGUGAUUGAUUGUCAUGAAAAACUGAAUUGGUGGGCUCCACCCUGAUGUAAACCGAUUUCAUUGUUUGAAUCAUUAGCAGAGACCUUUUCUUCAUAA